UUUGUUUUGCAUAACACUUGACGUGAGAUCUGAUAGCAAUUGAGUGAUAGAUCAGUGAAUUGUGUGAACAAUGAGUGAACCGACAGUUAAUUCAGAUUUACUUCUUUGCGAGAAUCAGUUCUACACCAAAACCAAUGAAGUCAAGUCACUAUUGAUCACCAAAAAGGCACAGAAAGAGGCCAUCACUGCGUCCAAAGAUGGCCUCAAAACCCAGAGGAUAGCAUCGAGUGUGCUGAGUCGAGCCAAAGAGUUUUUGGACAAAACCAAAGACACGCCAAUUGAGACACAAACGUUUAAUUCAGAUUUACUUCUUUGCGAGAAUCAGUUCUACACCAAAACCAAUGAAGUCAAGUCACUAUUGAUCACCAAAAAGGCACAGAAAGAGGCCAUCACUGCGUCCAAAGAUGGCCUCAAAACCCAGAGGAUAGCAUCGAGUGUGCUGAGUCGAGCCAAAGAGUUUUUGGACAAAACCAAAGACACGCCAAUUGAGACACAAACGUUUAAUUCAGAUUUACUUCUUUGCGAGAAUCAGUUCUACACCAAAACCAAUGAAGUCAAGUCACUAUUGAUCACCAAAAAGGCACAGAAAGAGGCCAUCACUGCGUCCAAAGAUGGCCUCAAAACCCAGAGGAUAGCAUCGAGUGUGCUGAGUCGAGCCAAAGAGUUUUUGGACAAAACCAAAGACACGCCAAUUGAGACACAAACGUGUGAUUUAGUUGAUGACAAAGACACCGAUGAAUGUCCAACGGAUGGCAAAUCUGUCGUUGAAUUGGAUUUUGUUUUGUUUGCAAAUAAGGAUCACUCGGACAGUGAAGAGGAGGAGACCAGCGAUUCCAGUGAAUCCAGUGAUGAAGACUCGGAGGAAGACAGCAAUGAUUCAGUGAAACAAUCAGAUAAUGAGUCCAAAUGUGUGGACAAAUGA